CUGUGGGAGACGGAGCCCCGCUAGCAGCCCAGGGCCCCGGGCCCCGAGUGACUUCACCAUGGUGCGUUUUAGCCGCUACUUUCUUUUUCAGUCUCUCGGUGCAGGGAAGAGGAGGGUUCUGGAAAGAAGUCGGAUGCAGUAGGGAGAGGAACUGCAAGGGAUCCUUUGCGGGUCACCAGAGAGAGAGAUACGGAGACAGAGAGAGACCACGACGAGAACUGAUUGUUUCGAAGCAGCGCGGGGACUCCGGUUUGCGAGGCACGUCGCGUCCCGCCCAGCCUGUUGAGCAGUGCGGAUUUGCGAGGCGCGCCCUGGAGCUGCUGGAGAUCCGGAAACGCUGCCCCGAGGUCUGGCAAGCCACCGAUCACCUCAGUCACCAGUGUCCUUGAUCUGAUAGUGGCUUCUGUUUGCAUGUCCCAUGUAAGAAGAGCAGCUCACCAGGAGGAGAUUGCAGCAAGGUGGGAGGCCGUGGACACCAUGUUCUGCACGAAGCUGAAGGAUCUCAAGAUCACAGGGGAGUGCCCUUUCUCCUUACUGGCACCAGGGCAGUUUCCUAAAGAGCCAGCAGAAGAGGUAGCAGGAAGCUCAGAGAGCUGCAAAGCCGCUCUCCCCAUCUGUCAGGACGUUCCUGAGAAGAAUGUACAAGGAAGUCUUCCUCAAAGAAAGACCAGCAGGAGCCGAGUCUAUCUUCACACUCUGGCAGAGAGCAUUUGCAAACUGAUUUUUCCAGAGUUUGAUUUGCUGAACCUUGCACUUCAGAGAACGUUGGCAAAACACAAAAUAAAAGAAAGCAGGAAAUCUUUGGAAAGAGAAGACUUUGAAAACAUAAUUGCAGACCAAGCAAUUGCAGCAGGAGUUCCAGUGGAGAUCAUCAAAGAAUCUCUCGGUGAAGAGCUUUUUAAAAUAUGUUAUGAGGAAGAUGAAUACAUCCUGGGUGUGGUUGGAGGAACCCUCAAAGAUUUUUUAAAUAGCUUCAGUACCCUUCUGAAACAGAGUAGCCACUGCCAAGAAGCAGAAAAGAGAGGCAGGCUUGAGGAUGCCUCCAUUCUAUGCCUGGAUAAAGAUCACGACUUCUUAAGUGUUUACUAUUUCUUCCCUAAGAGAAUCACGUCCCUGAUUCUUCCUGGCAUCAUUAAGGCAGCUGCUCAGAUAUUGUACGAAACCGAAGUGGAAGUGUUGGUAAUGCCUCCCUGCUUCCGAAAUGAUUGCAGCGAGUUUGUCAAUCAGCCUUAUUUGUUAUACUCUGUUCAUGUCAAAAGCACCAAACCAUCCCUGUCCCCGGGAAAACCCCAGUCCUCACUGGUGAUUCCCGCUUCUCUCUUCUGUAAGACAUUUCCGUUCCAUUUCAUGUUUGACAAAGAUAUGACAAUUCUGCAAUUUGGCAAUGGCAUUAGGAGGCAGAUGAACAGGAGAGACUUUCAAGGAAAGCCGAGUUUUGAAGAGUACUUUGAAAUUCUGACUCCAAAAAUCAACCAAACGUUUAGUGGAAUCAUGACUAUGUUGAAUAUGCAGUUUGUUGUUCGAGUGAGGAGAUGGGAUAACUCUGUGAAGAAAUCUUCAAAGGUUAUGGAUCUCAAAGGCCAAAUGAUCUACAUUGUUGAAUCCAGUGCCAUCUUGUUCUUGGGGUCACCCUGUGUGGACAGAUUAGAAGAUUUUACGGGACGAGGACUCUACCUCUCAGACAUCCCAAUUCACAAUGCACUGAGGGAUGUGGUCUUGAUAGGCGAACAGGCCAGAGCUCAAGAUGGCCUGAAAAAGAGGCUGGGCAAGCUGAAGGCCACCCUUGAGCAAGCCCACCAAGCCCUGGAAGAAGAGAAGAAGAAGACAGUCGAUCUUCUGUGCUCUAUAUUUCCAAGCGAGGUUGCGCAACAGCUGUGGCAAGGGCAAGUUGUACAAGCCAAGAAGUUCAGUAAUGUCACCAUGCUUUUCUCGGACAUUGUUGGGUUCACUGCCAUCUGCUCCCAGUGCUCGCCGCUGCAGGUCAUCACCAUGCUCAAUGCGCUCUACACUCGCUUUGACCGGCAGUGCGGAGAGCUGGAUGUCUACAAGGUGGAGACCAUUGGCGAUGCAUAUUGUGUGGCAGGGGGAUUGCACAGAGAAAGUGAUACCCAUGCCGUUCAGAUAGCGCUUAUGGCCCUGAAGAUGAUGGAGCUCUCUGAUGAAGUCGUGUCUCCCCAUGGAGAGCCUAUCAAGAUGAGAAUUGGACUGCAUUCUGGGUCAGUUUUUGCUGGAGUUGUUGGAGUUAAAAUGCCCCGUUACUGUCUUUUUGGAAACAAUGUCACCUUGGCUAACAAAUUUGAGUCCUGCAGCGUGCCACGGAAAAUCAAUGUCAGUCCAACAACUUACAGAUUACUCAAAGACUGUCCUGGUUUUGUGUUUACUCCUCGAUCAAGAGAGGAACUUCCACCAAACUUCCCCAGUGACAUUCCUGGAAUCUGUUAUUUUCUGGAAGCUUAUCAACCAGGAACAAAUUCAAAACCGUGGUUCCAAAAGAAAGAUGUUGAAGAUGGCAAUGCCAAUUUUUUAGGCAAAGCGUCAGGAAUAGAUUAGCAAUAUAUACCUGAUAUUAGUCU